AUGGCUUUCGCAGCACUUCGCCAUUCGAUCCCCUCCGCCACUCGCCUGCUUCGUCCGACCAUGUCGGCCCCUUCGCAAGCGCGACUUCAAUCCCAAUGUCGCCAGGUUUCUUUCUCCUCAUACCUGAUCUCUCCCAAGGAGCUCAGUGAGGCCCUCAAAAAGAACCCUCCCACCAAGAUCUCGACAUCACCGCGCGUCGUCCCACUGUGCGCUGCAUGGUUUAUGCCCAAUGACCCGGAAGGUCGCAAAGGGAUUGACAUUUUCCGGAAACAUCGCAUCCCCCAGGCCCGAUUCUUUGACUUGGAUGCGAUCAAAGAUGCGGAAUCCCCGUACCCCCACAUGCUUCCCACCGCGGAGACAUUUGCCGAUGCGAUGAGUGAGCUUGGCAUCCGGCGUGACGACGAAGUGGUAGUUUAUGACACCGAAGAGCUCGGAAUCUUCAGCGCGCCUCGUGUCGGCUGGACUCUACGAGUAUUUGGACACCCUCGGGUUCAUCUCUUGGACAACUAUCGACUGUGGGUACGCGAAGGGUACCCGACGGAGACUGGGGAGCCCCAGCAAGUGGAACGGACCAGCUAUCCAGUCCCUAAUUACGAUUCGAAACUGGUGAUCCCGUACUUGGAGUUGAAGGAGAUUGCCAAAGAGCAUAGGAAAGAAGGUGCUAAAGAAGUCGAGAUCUUGGAUGCGCGAUCUUACGGCCGCUGGGCGGGAACUGAUCCCGAACCACGCCCAGGUUUGUCCUCAGGCCAUAUUCCUGGCUCCAAGAGCUUGCCCUUUCAAGAAUUACUGGAUCCGGAGACGAAGACUUUUCGCCCGAAGUCUGAGCUGCGCAAAAUCUUCGAAGAGAAAGAAAUUGAUGACUCCAAAUCGAUCAUCAGCUCUUGCGGCACUGGUGUGACGGCUACGAUUAUUGAAACCGCCUUGGGCGAAGCAGAGUACGGAGAUCCUAACCUUCGGAGGGUGUACGAUGGAAGCUGGACUGAGUGGGCGCAGCCGAUGUCGACCGGACGCAAGGUCUUCCACUGUGCCGUGGAUGAGACGGCGCUGACCACCAACAUCAGCGAAAUCAAAAAAUGGACAACCAACGGGGCGAUCACCUUGGUCGUUCCUCUUUACACCCUUGAACGCCUUCAUGCAUUGAAACGAGCCGGGUCUCAAGUCGCUAUCAACGCCCGCGAGGCUGUUCGCUUUCUUGACCGCGUUACUUCCGGAAAGGACAGUACCCCGGCCGAUCGCGUUGCUCUUCAGGGUCCGAUGGAGCAGUACGAGAACUGGAAUGAUGCGGAGAAGUUCUUUUUGCCGGAAUUCGAAGAGGAGCCGGAGGCGACAAAUGGGGCCGGUGCCGGGGAGACGCCGUUGGGGAAGAAGGGGCCUAAGGGAAGAGACAACAAGAAAAACGGAGCCCCGGAUGACCUGUCGCAAAUGCUUCUCAACAAGCUGAACUUUAAGAAGGACUCAGACGCCGCAUCGGUUAACUCGGCAGGGACUCACAGUGCCCCUGCAUCGCCACCUUCAUCGAGAAGUUCCCGUACGAGUCCCGAAUGUGCCAACUCUCAUGUGGUCGAGAAUGGAAACGGAACAAGCAACCUCAAAGUAAAGCAGACGAACGGACACAAGCGAUCUGCUUCCGGCUCCACCAUCCCCACGGUUCCCUUGGUGCUCCGACCGCUACUCAGUGCGUUGCUUUGGCGGCUGCACAGCGGCCCGGAUGCGUCGAAUGCGGCUAAAAGUUGUAUCCUCAUUACGAACGAUCGCUCCACGCAGAUUUGGGCUCAGAAGUUUGGCAUUGGCGUGAAGAACAUCCACCAGCUGCGGACCUCCAUUCAGUACGAAGAACGGGAAUACAAGAAUCGCUGCAAAUAUGUGGAAAAAACCCAAACCCAGACGGCUGAGCCGAAGUCGCUGCUUUCCUACGACGACGAAAGCGACGAGGAUGAACUAGUCUUUGUUCCUCGGGGCCGCGGAAAAGGAACCUCACGAGGAGGGUCGCGUGGCGGAAGCAAUCGGAAACCCGCCGCCUCUAAGACCAUGGCGCCGCCGGUGGAGAAUACGAUGGAGAUACCUACUCAGCCUAUCGACCCCAACUCUUUCAGUCGGUCCUUGCCCACCACGACCAACAAGCAGCAGCCUACGAUCGAUCUCAGCACGCAAUCCGGGGCUGCGCGUGGCAUGGCAGGAGCGUCUCGAAACUACAGCAGCGGUCGUCGAGGGGCUCCUCGUGGGCCAACUCGUGGUAACAGCCGGGGCCGUGGGAAACUCUGGGUUCCUUGA